GUACAUAUUGAGCUUGUAAAGUUGGUCAUUGAGUCCUUCCGGUUGUGUCUAUGACUACGCUGCCAUUUUGAAACGGCAGUGCUUUUUGUUCGUGUGAAGCGCUUGCUCGUUGUGAGGAGUAGAUUGUGAUUUAGUCAAGUGUAGUUUUAUUAUAAGUCGAACUCAAUCAAAAUGAGCUGGCAAGAUUAUGUCGAUAAACAGUUAAUGGCAUCCAGAUGUGUUACAAAAGCUGCGAUUGCCGGUCACGACGGGAAUGUCUGGGCCAAGUCGGAAGGCUUCGAAAUAUCAAAAGAUGAAGUCGCCAAGAUAGUGGCCGGUUUCGACAAUGAAUCAAUGUUAACGAGCGGGGGCUUGACGAUAGCGGGUACACGGUACAUCUACCUCAGUGGCACAGACCGCAUCAUACGCGCAAAACUUGGCAAGGUCGGCGUGCACUGCAUGAAGACACAGCAAGCCGUCGUAAUUUCUCUGUAUGAAGAACCCAUCCAACCCCAGCAAGCCGCAUCCGUAGUGGAGAAGUUAGGAGACUAUUUAAUUACCUGUGGUUAUUAGAGAUCGAAGCGCGCCGUGAUCUAAGAAUACUAUAAGAUAAUAUUUUUUCCACAGGGAAAUAAGUAACUGCAUUUUGUAUAUUCUAUAAAGUGAUAAGGACCGUUCAUUUGUUUUGAUAUUCGAUAAAUUAUGGCGUCAUCAGUGCGUGAUGCGUUUAGUAACUGUGUGCAGAUGCAAUUACUUUGCGGAUUUUGGACCCUUUUUUUACGCUCACCGCUUCCAUAAAGUAAUUGUGUGCUGUAAUGGUAUAAACAUGUAUUUUAAAGUUUGCUUUUAUUGACCAGUAAGCAGCUUUGCAAGCAGGUCUCAAAGCAUGAUGUAUAGAGAUUUUUUUAGGUUUCUUCUCAAGCAUUCUGAUACUUUAUCUGGCGUGUACAAUGAUCUAAAUUAUAAUCAAGGUAGACUUUAAAUAUCGUCACUAGCCAUCUAGACACAAAUGCCCACGUACAGAUGCUUGAAAAGAAUUAUAAUAACCACGUAAUGAAAUUACUGUAACAACAUUAUACAACAUAUAUAUAUAAUUAUAAAUAGCAUUCGUGUAAGGGCUUGUUACAAAUUGAAAGACACUGUAACCCAAGUAUUACGAUUUUAAUUGAAGAUCUCUAGUCCCACUGGAACCAUCGUGUGAGUAAUAUCCGACACAUGAGUGCGUGGCAAACGAGGUUCGGGCCACGACGCGCCGCGGUCCGUCCUCAUAGCCCGCUAUUACAUUUUUCUGCUAUGCUUUCUUUUAAUUGUGCCGCAUUUAUAAUCUUGUGUAGUGAAUAAUAAACAUUUUGCAUUCUGUUCUAUUCUAUAUCUUAGCUGCAGAAAUAGAAGCGCUCAAUUACCCUGUAUCCUCAGACAAGGCUUGCAGUAAACGAAGGGUGCAUAUUGUUUAUAUUUGAUAUUACUACUAUAGCUUUGUACAUUGUUUCUGAUAAGCGAUGGGAACUGUGUCUAUCUAAUAAUAAAAUGAUUUGUAUUAUAAUACGUUUGUUUUCCUUCAUUAUAAAACUAAAUGAGAUGGAGCAGGCAAAGGAAGUAUACAAUAAAAUACGAAAGCAUAAUUGCUAAUGAACAUAAUUUUUAUUUUCCUUUUGACAAAAUCUACAGUAUUAAAGAGUUAAGUACACUCGAUUACAAGGAUUGGUAUAAAAUGUUAAACUUGUAGCAAUAAUAAAAUCUAUCAAGUGAAUUUGGUUCUUUAGCUUCAAUAUUCGAGCAAAGUUUUUUAGUAAUAUGGUAAAUAAUAGCGAUGUGGUUUAGUUUUCCAGUGAAGUAAACAUGUAUACAAUUGAUUAAUUACUUUGCUAGAGCGUUUUAUAACAUGAAAUAAAACGCCUUAUACUUGCUACGUGGUUAUCUACAUUUCUACAAUUCUAUUUAUAUGAAAAGAAAAUUCUUGCCGUGUAAUAAUAAAAUACGUACUUAUCACAUCUUAGAAAUAAAUUAUGCGUUGAUCAAAGCACGAAUUAUACAAACCAAUACACAAUGUUUGAUAUACCUAUACAUCAGAAUUAUUAAAAUAAUAAUACUCCGAUUUCCACAAGCCAACACGACUUAUUUGCUACUAAGAUUCCAUAACCAAUUUCGAUCGGUUACCGAAAAUGUACUAUAAUUACUCAAAUACGUACGUACUCGCACAAAUUGAUUAGGUAAUAAUUUUAAUUGAUCAAAAUGACAUGUCACAUGACUCCCAUAUUAAACAAGUUUAAAAAAUAUAUUUGUCAUGUUCGUUCAAAGACACUUCUGAAUCGUUUUCACAGAAGUACCCAUUAUGGAUCCGCUACACCUAUCUUUCAUAAUACAUUUCUUGAUUGCCAUCGCUGAGGGCUAGGAAUUCAAAACGAAUCGUGGUCAGGUCGAGAAUCUCCCAUGGUGUUUCCUCAAGGAUGCUCUAGAGAGUAGUGGCGAGAUUUUUUCCAGAGACUCCGGAAGAACCCUUUGCGUUGUUUCUGUCCUGGAUGCUCCUCGCCUGUUAACAAAGAAACAAAAUGUCGGUUAAACCCCAAUCAAACUAAAGCGGCUUGUCUACGGAGCUUUUUCUAAUCGACGGUAAACUUCUAAAACUCUAUCAGCUUAUACUUUGCAGACACAGCUUUAUGAAAGGUUCGUUUUUUUUCAUAUGC